AUGGCCCGGCCCGGGCUCCGUCCGCAUCGAGCUCCCGGCGGCAGCGGCGGCGGCUCCACCGGGGACACGGGGCGGCCCAGGCGGCGGCUGCGGCGGCGGCUGCGGGGAAAGCGCGGCCCCGCCUACCGGGGGGCGGGCGAGCGGGAGCCCGCAGCGCUCCCUGGCGGCCGCCCGGGGCCCGGCGCUGCCCUGCGGCCCGCCCGGGGCUCCGCCGCGCCGCGCGCGCCGCCGCCCCGCCACCCGCGACCCGCUGCGCGUUGCCCGCGGCUUCCGUCCGGGGCCCCGCGGGGCGCUGCGACCCGCUCCCGGGGGUCGGGGGACUGGAUCGUGCGCGCUUCUCGAUCUCAGCCGUCGGCUCCGCGGACAGCCCCCGGGGUCACGAGCCCCCAGACGCCCAAGACUUGGGAAAGAGGGUCGGGGGGUGGCGUGGCGUCAGAUCGGGGGAUUUCCUGUCGCAAAUCGUCCCAGGCGGGGCAAAGGCGCCAGUCCCCACCAGCUGUGCGGGAACCGGCGUCGCGGGCCGAGGGCGUGGAACUACAUCUCCCGACGGGCGGCGGUGCCGGCUCCCCGCCGCCCCCCGCCGGUCCCGAGCCCUGGCAACGGCGUGACGUCGGGGCCGGGGAGCUGCGGCGCGGCGGCGAGCGCCCUCAGUGCCGGAGCGCCCGAGCGCCGGGGCGGGACGCGGCUCCUGCGCUCCGAGGCCCCGAGCCGGCCGCGCGCCGCGGGCUGCUGCCCUCGCUCCGCUGGGUCGCGGCGGCGGCGGUCGCCAGCGGGGUCGAGCGCCGAGAGCGGGCGAGGGGCGCGCGCAUGGCCUCGGCGGGCGCGCGCGCGGCGGCCCAGCGCUGCUGCAGCCUCCAGCUGCGCCCGGGCGCGCGCACGGCCCCGCCCCCGGGCCCGGCGCGGCCAAUGAGAUUUCCAACCUCCAGCAGCCUCCUCUUGCCCCCGACUGCCUGGGUCUUGGCGGCUAAGACUGGUCCUCUGCCCAGGCGCUCCUUUAUGGGCUUUGCUGCCCCCUUCACCAAUAAGAGAAAAGCUUACUCAGAGCGCAGGAUCAUGGGGUACUCAAUGCAGGAGAUGUUCGAGGUGGUGUCCAAUGUUCAGGAGUAUCGUGAGUUUGUCCCCUGGUGUAAGAAGUCUACUGUGGUAUCCAGCCGCAAAGGUCACCUGAAGGCCCAGCUGGAGGUUGGCUUCCCACCUGUCUUAGAACGUUACACCUCUGCUGUUUCCAUGGUCAAACCUCACAUGGUAAAGGCCGUUUGCACUGACGGUAAGCUCUUCAACCACUUAGAGACCAUUUGGCGAUUCAGCCCCGGUAUUCCUGCCUACCCCCGGACUUGCACAGUGGAUUUUUCGAUUUCCUUUGAAUUCCGUUCUCUACUGCACUCCCAGCUGGCCACCGUGUUUUUUGAUGAAGUCGUCAAAAAGAACGUUGCUGCCUUUGAGCGCCGAGCAGCUACCAAAUUUGGUCCAGAAACAGCCAUCCCUCGUGAACUGAUGCUGCAUGAAGUGCACCAGACUUGAGGCAAACAAUUAGCCUCUCCCUCUCCUGCCGUCACACCCGUUCUCUUAUUUAUUUCAUUUUGCGCCUGCUCCAGUUUGCGAGAAGGAUCUGGAACCAAGUUGGUUGGACAAACUAGGGCAAAGGCCAAGGUAGGGGAAGGACAUACACUUCAGGAAGGUUCACAAGAACCCUGAUACCUGCAACCUUCUCGCUGAAUUACGGCCAGGACUGAGUAGUCUGGGCCCUGUUGAGGUGCCUUAGCGUCUAAUUAGGAGAACAUAGGAACUCUCCUAAGGACUGAGUAACUGAGCCCUUUUCUCUGACAGAGCUACAAGGCAGUCAGUAACUUUAACCUGCCUGAGAUUUGCUCCAGCUUAAAAUCCAUAGGAUCUUAAAUUUCCGCGCUGCCUGCCUCCUGAGUCAUUUUCACCAAAAGUGCCACAGGGUUGACAAGCACUGACCAGGUUGUACCCUUGGAUUGUACCUUAUUCUUCCACUUGGCUUGAGUUUUUAUAAAAUGUCAAUAAACUGUGUCA